GAGAUAAUUUAUCGGGGUUCUUGCCUUGGGGAAGAUUUUUUUCAUUCACAGGCGCAAGGGUCAUGUCAGCGCGAGUGGUGUGUGCGCCUGAGAAACAUGGCCAUGAGAGGAUCUCCACCUCCUCUGCUCUUGGUCAGCUCCGAAGAGAGAUACCCGGUCUUCAAUCCAAUACAUCUAUCGGGGAAAAAAAAAUAACUCUCUGCAGGCUCUCGUUGAGCGACGGAAGGCUUGUGUUUUGAGACGAGCUAGUCGGAAUGCACCAACUGAUUUCGAUCAAAAUCAACAUCGACACACACACACCCUGCUCCCUGCCAAUCUUUUAUGCUUUUGCCCUUUUAGGGUUUAAAAAGUCCACUGGGGGUGGUGGGUCAUUGGUCGGGAAUUCACGGGUUGUCACUCGAUUGCAAUUUGCUGAUCGAGGGGAGCUGGUAGGGCUCUUUUGAGAAACCUUCUUUUUGCUAAUGAAACGAUUCUGAAGGGGAUGUGUGUGUCGGGUAUUUGUGGAAACCUGUUAAUAAUAUGUUUCGAGAGGGGUUUUUUUUAUGAUAUGACAUGAAUACCGGUAUAUACGAGUAUCAUACAGGAAGGCUUUUUGCGCAUUUCCUUUUUUUUUUUUUUUUUCUUUCGCAGCCCCGCGCCGACGGGAAGGGAGCGACAACGAUAUCCCUGUUUUCCGAGCAGAGCCUCACACCACUACCGGUAAGCGAACGGGGGAGAGCAAACAACCUCACUUUCUCUCCCCGCACUGCCCGCCUUUUCUACGGUAACACACUUUCACCCCUUUUUCACGCGCACACCCCUACCUCAACGCUUCAAACGCUCCCCGCACGCUACAAUGUCGAUACCAAAUGAAGCUCUCCAGAAGUUGAUGCAAGAGAUCGAGGCGCGCGCCACCUUUUCCCAGCAACAGCUCCAGAUCGUCAAGUCCCAGAUGGCGGCCAAACAGCGUGACAUACGGCUUCUGCAGUUGACUUCCAAAGAGUUGGAUACGAUGCCCAAAUCUACAAGGGUUUACGAGGGCGUUGGGAGAAUGUUCGUUAUGGAAGAUCUCGAUUCCGUCCUCACCCGCCUCGAGAACGAGAAGAAGAGCGCCGAGGGCGAUAUCAAUGACCUCCAGAAGAAAUUUACUUAUCUCGAAACCACGUUUGAGAAGGCACAGGAUAACCUGAACCAGAUCCUCAGCCGAAGAUGAAGAUCUUCAUGGCACCCAUGUGAGAUGAGUGAGGAGGGGGCGUGGGUCCUCAGGCGACGGGAUCCCGGGGUGUGUGGAGUGGGGUGGCAGGAAAUAAGAGAGGACACGCAAGCGAGGAUUGCGUGACGGAGAAGAUAGGAGUAAAAAAUCUUUUGAAAGUUCAAGGGAGGGCGGGAAGCGGUUAUUUUCGGUUGGAAUAGUUCUGCAGAGAGGAUGGAAGUUGUGAUGAUGAUCGGUUGCAAACAUGGCUACCUCAACAGCUGCCACAGGCUGCAACAGGAACAUCGGAACAGAGAGGCUACAGCGAAGGGAACAGGACGGCGACUAACCCGACUUUUACCAACCUCGCUGUUGCUUGUGUGCGUUCCAUUUUUUACUUUCUUCUCAUAGCUCUUACGGAUUUCAUGCUACGUGGGCACAUAUCCAUGGGGCAGUUUCUUGCGAAUCUGAAUCUACGAAAGUCAUCUGAGGGUUUUUUUCUUCCAUGUUUUUUCUAGCAGAUCCCAGGGGUUUUGGAGAUUAUCCACGGCUCUGCAUGCUUCACCCUCGUCUAGUUGAUAUCCUCAGUGCGGGAGUGGCGGUAGCUUUGGUGAAAAAUUUAAUAUAUCAAUUUCGGGAUA